AUGCAGUGCACAAGAAUUCUUAGAGCUGCACAACGUGCAAAUCUUACUGGUUUCGACCCAAAAGCAUUAGCUGCCGCUUCUGGUAAAAAUGCAGGCGACCCAUGGGCACGACGUGAAGCUUGGAGAUAUCAAGGACAAUACUCAAGGCGGAAUCGAUUUUCAAACACCUUCCCUGGAUUAGGCAUUGCGACGGUAGCUUUUGCAGCAUAUUGCGGAUACGAAUACUUGUUUUUGGCGGACGAACAUCACGGACAUGCAGAGGGCCAUGGCGAUGGACAUCACUAA